CAUCUGGAUGAUCUGCCCCGCCGUGUUGACCCGGUGCUGCUGCCCUCCUGCCUUACAUCACCCCCCACGCCUCAGCCCCCUCUCGACUACACCGUUUGGGGUUACGGCUUCCUGGCCGUCACCGUCAUCAACCUGGCGUCUCUGCUCGGCCUCCUCCUCAUCCCCUUCACCAAGAAGUCUUAUUUCCCCAAAGUGUUGACCUACUUUAUCGGCCUGGCCAUCGGGACGCUCUUCUCCAACGCCGUCCUCCAGCUCAUACCAGAGGCCCUGGGCUUUGAUCCCAAAUCAGACAACUACGUGGCCAAUGCAGUUGGAAUAUUUGGAGGUUUUUACAUCCUGUUUGUCAUGGAGAAGAUCCUGAGAAUGUCCCUCAGGAUGGACCGCGAGCACGGCCACAGCCACUUCACUCCUGCAGAGACGACUGGAGAAAACUCCCUCCACAACGGAGACGUGCUGGAGAAGAAGGACUCCAUCAUUUUGACCACCAUCAACACCAUCGCCACCGACAAGAGCAGCCCAGAACCUCCACGCACAAAUGUGGCCCAUCCUCAGGACGUCCAGGUGUCUGGUGUGACGUGCCAUUGGCUGCGAGGGACGCGCAUCUCCAGCAUCAAGACGGUGGCGUGGAUGAUCACUCUGAGCGACGCGCUGCACAACUUCAUCGACGGUCUAGCUAUCGGUGCCUCGUUCACUGUGUCGGUGCUGACCGGGUUCAGUACGUCCAUCGCCAUCGUGUGUGAGGAGUUCCCCCAUGAGCUCGGUGACUUUGUGAUCCUGCUCAAUGCAGGUAUGAGCAUCCCCCAGGCCAUUUUCUUCAACCUGCUGUCAGCAAUGUCGUGUUACGUUGGACUUGUCUUCGGCAUCCUGCUCGGGAGCAAUUUUGCCCCCAACGUAAUCUUUGCCAUCGCGGGAGGAAUGUUCCUGUACAUCGCGCUGGCAGACAUGUUUCCAGAGAUGGACAGCAUAUCGCAGGAACAGACGCGGACUUCGUCAAAGAUCGUCUUCUUCCUGAUCCAGAAUGCGGGGCUGCUCACCGGCUUCAGCAUCAUCCUGCUCAUCACCACGUUUGCAGGGAACAUCAACCUGGGCUAGACGAGGAGAACAAACUGAAAACUGAUGAAGAAAUGAGCUGCUUCCAUUUCUGCUCGCUCGCUGGGCGGACGGUGAAUGUAAAGAAUGUUUUGUACAAACAAAACAUUUGAUAAAAAAAUGCUUUUAUAUGUUUGACUAUCAAUUUAGUGGAACAUUUACUCCAUAGAAGAAGAAGGGAAAAUCUUUUCAAUCAUUUGAUGUAUGAAUUAGUCAAAUCUGUUUUAAUGAGACAAUAAAUUAUUUUUUCAGCCUUCAGAUGGUGAAUUAUCUCCCGUUUAUUGUACCUCAGUGAUGCUGUAAACUAACACUGCCUUGUAUGGCAGCACUGUGUGACCUCAGAGUCUGUGACCUUCACUGCCUCUUUGUCUUUUUAAAUAUCGUUUGUGUUGAAGACGUCAGUGACAUGUGGGACUCUCAGUGAUCGUGCUCCUGUGAGGCAAAAUACAACAAAAAUCAAUACAAUAAUAAUAAUUAUUAUUAUCAUUAUUAUUAAUGUGCAUUGUUUGUUGCCCUCAGGGUUUGUUCACUCUGUCAGUGUCUGUAUGCUUCAUACAAUAACACAUGGAGACAGAUUAAAGAAGCUUUCCAACAGUGCAGAUAGACUUGCUGUAUGUACAAUAUGUGCAUCAUUCAGUUUGACCUUUUUAUUCUUUGUAUGCUGUUCAAUUCUUCUCAUAUGGAAACAUCUUUAUUUUUAAUUGUAUUAAUAAAAAAUAGCUCCCAAAUUUUACUUUACGACAACAGCUGGCAAAGUUCAUUAAAAUAUAUUCUGUGGAUUUU